AUGGCAUUCCUACCGAACCGAUGUGGAAUUUUUAACAACAACAGUGAAUGGGUUGUCAUGUCUGAUACCGAUUAUGCUGCAGUAGAGCUAUAUAACGGCUAUUCUGACAGGUUACUUGUGAUUGCCUCUGUGUGUGGUGUGAUUGCCAUGAUAAUUGGAAUUCCUGGAAACCUAAUUACUAUAAUUGCAUUGGCGAACUAUAAAAAAGUGUGCAAUGCUACCGCUAUAUUUAUAAUUAACAUGUCAUGCGCGGACCUGCUAAUACUGUGCCUGGAUCCGCCUUUAGCAACUUCCAUUUAUUGGGGACGGUCGUGGACUCAUGGUAGAGUUUCCUGUCAGCUGUAUGCGUUAGGAAAAUGCUUACUGAUCUCCGUCUCGGUAUUUACUAUCAUAGCCAUCACAAUUAAUAGAUACAUCCUUAUUAUAUAUCCAAGAUUAUACUGCAAGAUUUAUCGGACACGAAAUAUGAUAAUAAAGCUAGCCGCCAUAUGGAUUUGUCCAUUAUUAGCAUUGAUUCCAACGUUUUUGGGGAAAUGGGGUUGUUUUGCUUUAGACUUAGAAUAUGGACCGUGCUCAGUAUUUACUGAUCAAAACAACAGGUCACCGAAGAAAUUCCUGUUUAUAACAGUGCUCGUUUUACCAUGUAUACCCAUAAUCUUAUGUUAUGCGCGAAUAUUCUUCGUAGUACGAAAAACUACGAAAAAAUCUCGUUAUACAGCAAAAAAGGCUCGAUGUUCAAAUUUUGAAGAAACAACAAGACACGGGUCUUCUUCAACAAACAACUUUACAGCUGUCACUAGUAAUGACACCGAGGAGAAGAGAGAAUAUAUUCUUUUGGAGACCAUCGCUAAGGAAUCAGAACAUUCUAAAGAAUCAACAUUAGAAGCACCAAGUUUCACAAAUUAUAAUAAAGGCGAAGAAAUCCCAGAAUCUACAGAACAAUCAAGAAUUCAAAGGAAUAUAUUUAAAAAAUCUAUGAAAUUUUUUACAAGAUGA